AUGCGUGAGACAAGUCCAAGAGACCAUUCAGUUACUUGGUACGGACAGGAUGGAUCGCCAAAGAGGUCCUUUACCGCUGUUAACGGACUGAUGCCAGCAUGGAGUGUGGGCGUCGAAAUCCGCACCAUUUUCCUGCUUGCAGCCUUCAGUGCUCCAACCAUAGCUACCAGCGGUCCUUUCAUGAAGAGAAAUCCUGGGGACACAGAAUGUGAAUUCGGGUUCAUGGCACUGGAGUGGCUCCUUCAGGGGGUUGCAGUAAUUGCGCGAGGGCAUCCCGACAAGACACUCACUACAAGAUACGGAGCGUCGCCGCCGAAUCUGUCCAAACAGUGUCAGCCAUGGUUACUUUGA